AUGACGCUGCGCAGCAGAGUCGCGCAGGAAUUGGAUCCUGAUGACAUUGAAGCCCGCCCACCGGAAGAGGCACAGGAAGCCAAAUGGCACUUCCAGACGGGCGAGCAUAUGGGAAAAUGGAGCGGCUUCGAUGAGAGGGGCGUUCCCCACUUGAACGCAAAGGGCAAGAAGCUCACCAAGCAGGAGAAGGAGCUGGUGGAAACAGAGUACCUCGAAGCCAAGAAGGCCUACCAGCAACAGAUCAAGGCAAAAGAGCAAUGGGAAAGAGCACUCGAGGAUGCAGAGAAAGCAUUGCGCGAGAAAGAUCGAGUACGAUGGGCUUACAGGGCAGCAGGCCCAAGCAGGCACGCCCUCUUGCACAUUGAGGAUCUUGAGGACUUUGUGAAGAAGAUGGGCUGGGAAGCUUUCAGCCACAAAGACAUGGAAGCACUGCAGUCUGUGGCUGCGAGACAGGGGCCCGAUGCGGAAGAACUUCUUCUCGAAGAUGUGCGGCAGUUUAUCAGCGAGGAGAUGGCAUCUAAGAUGUCUUGGCCCAGGUGGCUGAGCAGCAAUCAGACUCCAGCGGCUCAGAUGACACCGAAUCCGACAACUGAAAGCUCUCGAGCUGUCCUCGACCCAUAUGGUGGUAUCUUACCUUACGAGGACACGGAGAGCACGAAGUGGUAUGGUGCUGUGGAGGAUACGAAUAACCUCAUCAAGGAGGAACUCACCCCGGAAAGUUUCGAUGGAUUUCAAUGGAUCCCCGCAACACAAUGCGAGGUCACAUGGGAUGUUCUGCAAGUACCGGAGAGAUCGGACCCGACGAAAGUAUUGGUCUGGGCCAAGGUAGGAGAGGAGCAGAGCCAGGGAUCUGGCAAUGACCUGAUUCUUUGGGAGGCUCCAGACAAGGAGGGGCUGAAAGCAUCUUGGACGGAGGUGCAAAGCUUCGCGAGAGAGGAGAACACGAAGGCACAGGCGAAAGCAACAGCGACCCAGCCAGCAGCCGAGGUUCUGGGAAAGGCAGAGGUUGAAGCGCCUCCAGCUCCUCUGGAUGAGCCCGGGCAAGCAGCAGUGUCUGAACUGCGGGCGAAAGCAAAGCCCAUUGAGCCAAAGAAGCCUUCAGUGAGCUACCAGCGAGCGCUCAAGCAACCGGCCUCAAAGGCUCUAGCAAAGAGUUCUGGCUUCGCGGUGCCUCCACGACCUCCAAGACCAAAACCAUCGAACGUUCCCAGAGCCUUUCAGACGAAAGGUGCUGCGGAGGAGCUAUCUUACCCAUCUCGUUUUUCAACGCCCGUGGGAAGAAAGCAAAGGGCGUUUGAAAAGGCCGCGCAGAUCGAUCGUGCGCCAGAAAUGGCCAAACCAAUGGCCGGGGGGAAGGCGUGGGGCGGAGUCAAGAGAAGCACGGCCAUGCCCACGAGAGGGAGCAAGGACAAGAGAACGCGAUAG